CUUAUCAGUCACGGGUUUUGGGGUUGAUAAGAGAUCCCAUUGCUCAACACGCCGUUAUAGCACACACAAUGCCUCCCAGUCAGUCGCGGAAAAAAUUUGACAUUCAACUAUGUUUUCUACUAGUUUUACUAAAUUUUCAACCAGGGACGGGAGCUCUGCGCUGCCGAGUGCCUUACGAAAAGGUUCAGGAAAACUAUUGCUAUUUCAUUGUCGAUGAUGAUCCACUGCACACAUCAUUCCACAAUUUUUGCUAUCAGGAUAAGCGCACCUCUCGUGUUUGUUUGGAGAGCCAGGAGGAGAUGAUCGUUUUGGCAAACUAUUUGCAUUACAUUGGCUUCCAAAAUGGUACAAAAUUCUGGAGCGCCGGUCAUCGUUGGCCCGGUGAUAUGCGCUUUUAUUGGAACUACUUUGGACGUGCUCGUGAGCUUAAUUACACCAAUUGGGCAGAAAAUGAACCAUCGCCACGUAUGGGCAAAAAUUGUAUAAUUCUGACUCUUCAAGGCGGAGAACUCAUAAUGAGCAGUGAAUCGUGUUACACCAAAGCUGUGGAUAUUUGCGAACAAACGUUGUUCGGUAGUGACGAAGCAAGAACUGUUAUCCACUGAAACCAUGUGAUAAAAAGUUAUACAUACAUAUAAAAGUCAGAUAGUGAUAUCUAUAUUGGUCAAUAUAUUUUAAAUCUUUAAAUGCUGAA